AUGAUCAAGAUCCCUUUGCUCGCCUCACUUCUCCUCAGCGGAAUAGCUCAAGGUCUAGCUAUUGCUGAACGGGCUACCCCGGUUUGGCUCACUCUGCCGCCAACACCACCCUUCCUGCCCCAAUCAGCAAGGCCAGAAUUCCCGUGGACGGCGUUGAGCUGUGGAUCCAAAAAUGCCCGCAAAACACCUUUGGUCUUUGAUCACGGCGGCCUAGGCUACUCGGCCUACUUCGGUGCAGUCCUGAGCCGACUGAUCGCGAAGGGACACUAUGUAAUCGCCCUCGACCGCCGCGGGCACGGCCGCAGCACGUUCAAGGAAGACGACGUCUUCACAUUCGACCUCUUUGCCAACAAUAUCUACGAGCAGCUAAAGGCCGUGGGUGUCUCCAAGUACAAUGUAGUCGGCUGGUCCGACGGCGGCGCAACCACCAUCUCCGCCCUGCUGAACCGCAAGAUAUCCCCUACGAUCGAGAAGGCAUUCCUCUUCGGUACUUUCAUGGUCCCCUCCGAUUCGAACCCAAAUUUCCCGAAUACGGACAUCUAUUCCGAGUUCGUUAGUCGCUGCGCGAAGGAGUACAGCCAUCUCCAGCCCCAGGCCAACUUCACCUCAUUCGCGACCAAGGUAGCGACUCUGGAGGCUACUCUGCCACAAUUCACCAAGGCCCAGCUGCGCACCAUCGACGGCUCCCGGGUCAGGAUUGCGGGCGCCCAGUACGACGAAGCGGUGAAUCUGGAUGUCCCGGCUAAGCUGCACGCCGCCAUCCCGGGCAGCAGUUUGGUCAUUCUCAAGAACGUCAGCCAUUUCGCACCGCUGCAGGACCCCGAUCAAUUCACCCGAGCGUUGGAAGACUUUUUCUAUGCAUAA